CGUAGCCAUAUUGGUUCAAGCACGCGUCACGAUGCGGGCCGGGUCUGCACGCCGCCUCCUGGACCAUCGACGCGUGUCGAGGUUUCCAACAUGCAGCAUGCGUUGUCGUGCACGGUUGCGCGGCGCUUCCACGGCUGCAGCUUCGAUGAGGAUCGGCGGCUAUAAGUUCCAUCCCCGAUUUGUUCGCGAAAAUCUGCUCGACGAGAAGUCGUGGGACGCCAGCUCUCGGCAACGUUUGUGCUUCGGCGUAUCGCCCGACAUUCAGGGGAGUGUCGAGCAGACUGGAGACGAUGGCGGGGUCGAGUGCCGUUUCGAAGAUGGUGCAGUCGGCUCUUUCGCGAUGCCGCCUGGCAGAAGCGCUGUGGAUAGCGACAUCGCCCAAGCACCUAAGCAGUCUUGGCCUGAGGAUCGCAAGAACUUUGUCGAGACAAUGCGGGCGGGGGCACUUGAUUUCUCCGCACUGGAAAUGGUUCGGCGGAACAGCCAGGACGUCGACCUUGGUUCCGCGUCGGAGGGUAUCCUAAAUUUCGUGUCGCCAACUGAGCGAACGGCCCUUCGGAAUUGGAUAGAGGCCCUUCACAGGGACGGCGUGGCGCUUGUCAAGAACAUGCCUGCGAAACCAGGGGCGCUCAAGCAGUUCGCAGAGACGAUAUUCGGCUACGUCUUGCCAACCGCGUAUGGCCAGACCUUCACGAUCAGGACCCGCUCCGAGCCGAACAAUCUGGCUUACUCCAACCUGGGCCUGCAGCUGCAUACAGACCUGCCGUACUACGACGUCCCACCGGCAAUCCAGCUUUUCCACUGCAUUCAGCAGGCGCGCCUCGGAGGGGGCAACGUCUUCGCCGACGGCUUCGCCGCGGCGCAGCAGCUCCGCGCCGCCGAGCCGGACAUGUUCGCGGAGCUGAGCUCCCGCGCGGUGCGGUUCCAGGACUCCACGCCGGCUUGGGAGUUGCGCGCCGAGCACCGGCUGCUCGAGCUCGGGAGCAACGGCACGGUGACGAGGGUCCACUUCAACGAGCGGGCGCGGGACUCCUGGAGCCAGUGGCGAGAGACUGACGAUGUCGACGACGUGGACUGCUUCUACCGCGCGCUGUCCCGGUACGAGAUUUUCCUGGAGGAUCCGGAAAACGCUGUGCACAUCAAGCUCCAGCCUGGCGAGAUGAGCGUGAUCGACAACUGGCGCGUCCUCCACUCGCGAGAGGGCUUCGAGGGAGAGCGCUGGUUGGAGGGCGGCUACGUGAGUUGGGACCAAGCCCACAGCCUGUGGCGUGUGUUGAAGCUGGUGUCCUGAACCAGGCGGGGUAUGAACACGAAGCCGAUGCGGCAUGCUGUCAUGUCAAGCAGUGGCGAAGCGUCCUGGCUUGCCUAUGGCCCACCACAGAAUAUUAUGAGAACCUUGCGCGGUUUGCACGACAUGCCAUGAUAACAUGUAUGGCUCAUAGAACAACCUCCUUCUAUAGAAGGAACAUGCCGCGAUAGGCCUUGAGGCAUGCCGGGACGGUCAGUCCCUGCUCAAUCGUGGGCGACAUGCGUGAGAGCACCCACCGUACCCGACGCGGAGACAGGCGUUCGCAGAGGCGCGUGCGGUAUGAUCCGCGGCCGCCGCCCUUCUGGCGGAGAUCUGUUGCAAAGGCCUUACGGUCGGUGCCGCCGACCCUGGUGGACGACGACGACAACGACGACGACGACAACGACGAUCACGACGACGACGCUAACGCUCUGGAGCCGAAUGCUUCUCCAAGGGAGUGAUGCUCGCGGCCGCCCUUCUGGCGGAGAUCCAUCUGCAGCGCAGUGGCGCUCUUGCCGGCCCCUGCCCGAGGAGAAGGAGGAGGUUCUGGCGGGAGUGCGGCGAUGGAGCGCGGCGCACGGUAGAACCCUGCGCCAGCCACGGGUACAGUCGCGCACUUGUCGUUGAAAUCUGCGCCGUCCCGAACGGCCUCCAGAAAGCCGAC